AUGGCUAGAUCAGGUAUGUACAGUGAAGGUUUGGGAAUUGCUGUCGGUUUGAACAAGGGCCACAAGGUCACCGCAAAGGAGGUCGCUCCAAGACCAUCCCAGAGAAAGGGAAGAGCCACCAAGAAGGCCACCUUCGUCAGAGAUUUGAUCAAGGAAGUCACUGGAUUGUCUCCAUACGAGAGAAGAAUCAUCGAUUUGAUUAGAAACUUUGGAGAUAAGAGAGCCAGAAAGUUCGCAAAGAAGAGACUUGGCUCCCAGAAGAGAGCUAAGAACAAGGUCGAGGAGAUGAGUGCCAUUAUUGCUGCUGCAAGAAGACACAAUUAA